AUGGAAAACCCCCCGUCCCCUGGAAAAACCCCCAACAAGAAGAAGAAGCGGAACCCUAGUUUCCGACGUUACCUGCGAAAGCAGGGUAUCGAUGUUCGCCGGCGCAAGUACCGGAAGCCUGGCCGAAGAAGAGACAGUAAGCGCAAGAAGAUCGCCUCUGACACUGCCGCCCCCGCUGAUGAGGCUAAUGGGGAAUCAACACCAAACGACUCUUCUGCCGCCGGGCCCACUAGCUCGCGCUCCGAUUCUCCCGCAUCUUUAGUUGCGCCCUCCUCCGCUGUUGCGUACUCCCCUCCUGCUGUGACUUCGCCCCUUUCUGGGAUUUCUUCUGCCGCUGUGUCCUCCCCUACUGCUAUAUGCCCUCCCCCCGGUGUUGCUUCGUCGGCUGGUGCUGUUGCCAGUCCAGUCCCCCGGCUCUUAACAGAGGCCGCCAAGAUUGAUGACAGGCGUGAGACUGAUAAGGUCGGCUAG